AUAACGCCAAACGCUGCCAUGUCGGUGUUGUCCCUCGCCGUUCUGCUGCUGGUCAGAGGGUUUACCUUUUCUGCGGCAGGCAACUGUGAAGGUUAGACAGCAUGGAGUGAGCAAAAGUCGUACAGUGCUCUGCUAACCCUAUGUGUUACCAACACUACAAUGUGCUGAUAGCAGCAACAGUGUGUGUGGACUUUCUCUACAGACUGUAUGGCAGUCUGACGUCAGCCCACAGUGAGCUCACUUCUUCCCUGGUGGAGGAAGAGCUGAUCCAGGCCUGCGCUGUCGCCCAGGGGAAGGAAGCGAGGCUGUGUUACUACCUGGGAGCCAGUAGUGACGCAGCGACCCGCGUCACAGCAUCAGUGUCCCGACCUCUGGCCUCCCAUGUCCCCAUUGAGAAGAUCUGCCAGCGUCUCAGCAGCAGAGACACGCAGAUCUGUCAGCUCAGAUAUGAGCCACAGCCGAAGGAUCUGAGCAGCGACGGGCUCAAAAAGCUGAGAGUCUUGGAGCUGAGGAACAUUCUAGCCUCGUGGGGUGAAGAGUGUAGAGGCUGUCUGGAGAAACACGAGUUUGUCAGCCUCAUCCAGGAGAAAGCCCCGCUGCAUGCUCACAGUACGGAACUAUGAACUAGUAGCUUCUGCCCUCUUCUCAUCCACGCUGCAAAAAAAGUCAAUUUUCUGAGAAGUUGUCGAUGUUCACGUUUUUUGGACUAAGUCCUGGAUCUUUACAAUCCUACCUACGGCACCUUUAAAUGUAUCCAGAGGCCAAUGUGACAUCAUUGAAAUGUGUUUUGUCAAUUAACAGUCAUAUAAAACAGAGAAAAUACCAAAUUUUCAUGCUGGAAUAUUACAUUACAUUUUUGAUAUUAU